AUGGCAAUACUACAACUAAUGUCAAUGUCACCAGCGAAAUUUAGAGAGUAUACUGAAGAAAAAUUUAAUAAAUUCGAUUUAAGCAAAACAAGUACAAGAAACGACGACAGACAGCAACUUGAAUGGACUAUUCAGAAAAAUAUACUGAAUGAAAAGACAGGAUUUAUGCAAACAUUUAUAACUACCAGUGCCGUUAUAGAAAAACAGAAGUCUCCCGUUUUGACUGAAAAAUCAAAAUUGAAACCAAAAGCUCAUAACGAUAUUGAACGAGAAAAUAUUGAAGUUGACUAUAAUGAUAUUAACUCUGGUUCUAAGGAAAAUAUUGAAUAUUUCUCAGGCAAUGACACCAUAGGCAUGGUUCGAAAACUGAAAUAUUCAACAACCACUGAAGAAAUUUUAAUGAGUGUUCACAGUGAUAGUGAUUUAUACGACGUCGACAUUGAACAGAUAGAAAACUUGAAAGACUUUGAUCUCGAAGAGACAGAAUAUCUAAAUAUUUUUGAUCUCGAAGAUGACGAGGUGGUAAAGAGAAAGAAUGAUGAGAGGGAAGCCGAAAUAUUUAAUGAAAUUAUGCGUAUGGACUCAGAGAAUGAAACAGAUACAAAAAUCCAAGAUAAAAAAACAGACAUUGAGAUGAACUUAAAUGAAUAUGGAUAUUUAGAAACCCAGAAGAGAAUUGAAGUAACAGAUAAGGAUAAGACUGAAGAACAAUUACAGACUGAUGAAGAAUUACAUACUGAAAAUAAAGACAUACCUAACUGCUUGAAAAAAAAUAUUGAAAAAAGAGAGUGGAACAUAGGAGAUAAUGUUCUGGUUAGAUAUUAUCAGAAAAAAAAAUGGCAAUAUUACAUCGGUUUAAUUACUGAUAUUAAUGACCAAAUUGAAAAAAAAUACAAAACAUCCUUCUUCAAAGCCAUUUCUAAAAAAGGUGAUGUCAUAUUUAAAAAACCGAAACGUUCAGAUAUAGAUUAUAUACCUGCUGAUAUAAUUGUAAAGGAAGUAGAUUUGUUGCAAAUUAAUGAAAAUAAUGAAUUCAUCUUGUUCAAUGAUGAAGAUUUGUCGUAUUUUUGA